AGGCUGAAAGUUGGUGACGUCGCAGAACAACAAAAAUGGCAGGAAUAGGAAGCAGCAACUACUGGGAAGAUCUGCGAAAGCAGGCCAGACAGUUGGAGAAUGAACUUGACCUGAAACUGGUCUCCUUCAGUAAGUUGUGCACCACCUACAGCAGUUCCAGGGAUGGACGGCGAGGAGAGUCGUCGGACACCACCCCACUACUAAACAACUCCACCCAAGACAGGAUGUUUGACACCAUGUCUGUGGAAAUUGAACAGUUGUUGGCCAAACUAACAGCAGUGAACGAUAAGAUGGCGGAGUACACGAAUACCCCAGGCUCAUCUUCUCUCAAUGCUGCACUCAUGCACACCCUCCAGAGACACAGAGACAUUCUGCAGCUUCAUUUACUUUCCACACAGGAUUACACACACGAAUUCCACAAAACGAAGGGCAACUUUCUGGCCAUCCGAGAAAGGGAAGACCUUUUAGGGUCUGUCAGGAAAGAUAUAGAGACAUACAAGAGUGGCUCUGGGGUCAACAACAGAAGAACAGAGCUCUUUCUCAAGGAGCACGAGCAUCUGAGAAACUCCGACCGUCUCAUGGAUGACACAAUAAGCAUUGCCAUGGCGACUAAGGAGAACAUGACCUCCCAAAGGGGCCUGCUGAAAUCCAUACAGAGCAGGGUCAACACCCUGGCCAAUCGUUUCCCAACCAUCAACAAUCUCAUCCAGCGAAUCAACCUGCGGAAGAGAAGGGACUCCCUCAUCCUCGGCUCUGUGAUCGGCGUCUGCACCAUUCUCCUCCUCCUUUAUGCUCUUCACUGAAAAUCUAACCGAAUUAACAUUUCAAAUACGCAAGAUUUGGUCUGGCUGUCGCGGCGUGGGGCAGCCCUCCCCACGGACCCGAGCCACAGAAGGGGAACCGUGAAGGAUCCACAGCAGAAGGACUUUUGUUCCAGUUCUGGGACAAGUAAAAAGCUGAGCCUGUGUUUAACAGUGCCCCAGAUGGAGCAUAUGAGGUUAGGUAUUCUCCUUCCAACAAAGGCAGUGGAGACCAACACUACAUAUUAAAACCAUAUUUUUGAGAAGAAGAAAAAAAGUACAUCGCUAAUUAAUAAACCGAAACUCUGAAAGCCAAAAGAGACUGAUGCAGUGAUGCAUCACAUUUGGUCGAAGGGUUCC